AUGGACAUUUUUGAUUUUCUAAACCAUCAAAAUAUUGAUAAAUACAGAAGAGAACCAAAACCUGGACUGCAGUAUCAGUAUAUUGGCUCAAACUUUGUUCAUAUGAUGAACUAUAUUGACAACAUUAUCCUUCAAGACCUUUCCUCUUCAAAUGCUUAUAUUGCAGCAGGUUUUGUUCCAAUGUAUUACGAUAAAUAUACAGAUGAUAAUUUCAUGUCAGCAGUUUCAGGUAUUCUUCCUUUUUUCUUACUUCUCCUUGCUUAAAAUUUUUGCGAUACGCCUAUUUUCUAAUCCAUGCAAAUUAUUGCUUUGAUUUUUAAAUUUUAAAAUAUUUUGCAUUCAAAUUUUCUGAAAACUGAAAAUACAUUUAAUUUUUUAUAAGCUUUAAUUUAAAUGAGAGAUAGUGAUUUCCUACAUUGUCCCUGUAUGCAGAAUGCUGUCUUUGAUUGUACAAGAAAAAGAGUACAAAAUCAAAGAAAUGAUGAUGAUUAUGGGACUCUCCAAUAAGGCAUAUUGGCUGUCAUGAGUCACACACAUUAAUUAAUUUAAGGGCUCUAAUCCUCCGUUUAAAGUUCACUGCCACAUUGCCUGCAUGGGCUUCUAUCCUUGUUUCGGGGUUCCCCGCUCCUCCGAGCAGGUUGUGCACCACGUGGGUAUCAAGACUGUAUGGUCCUAAGGCUUUAGGCGUUUAGAUUUCGACGGCUGUCCUUCCAGCUCUCAACUUCGAAGGAGGUUGCCUGAACAAAAAUUCAAAAAAUGAAAUUUCUGGCUGACUGUCGGCAAAAGGUACAACUCAGAGCCCAAGGCGUAAUUCUUGGUUUCACGUUAGGGAGUUUGCCCGAGUGGUUAAAAACGCUGCUGGGCUUUUCCCUUUCCAACUCUUAGCCUUCCUUCCCUGCAAGGUAAAAACAAUCCUGAAAAGGGACUUGGAUCAGGCUUCGCACACUGCUGAAUUGGUUACCUGAUAUUGCUGUCCAUUUCUGUGUUGGCAUAACCUUGCCGGAUAUAAUUAAAUAUGUGCUCGAGGCUGCAUCGCCCGGAAGCCAUGCCCGGGCUAGACGCCACUUUCAAUUAUGACUGUCAUGGAUCACUUAUUAUUUUUCAAUAUAUACAGUAAUAGCAGGAGUUGGCGCAAUUAUUUCAAUAGGGCUUUUUAAAUAUAGCAAUGCAGGAAUGAUGUUUCUUCUUUUUUGGCUAUACGGGCUAAGCUGCAUGACUUUCAGCAUAUUUAUUAGCAUGUUCUUUUCUAAAUCGCGCAGUGCUGUAAUGCUAGGCCUUAUGACUUUUCUAAUAAGCCAUUUAUCAUGAAUUAUUUUUUAUAAUAGAUUUUCCCAUUCAUUUUUUAUAAAAGAUAUAAUAGUAGCAAGCAGCAGAUAUAUUUCGAUUUAAUAAAUUUGUAUAACUUAUUUUAUAAGUUUCGCUGUUACAGACCAUACUUUAGAUCAAGGUAGCAAGACUGCUGCAUCUUUAUUACCUAAUAUUGCGCUUGCAUUAGGCAUUGAUGUCCUAGUGCAGAUGGAAACUGGCCAAGUUGGCGUUCAAAGUGAUAAUUUAAGCGAUGAGGUUUAUCACUAUACAUUUGGCACCUUUAUUGCUUUUAUGCUUAUUGAUUCAGGGAUUUUUACAAUUUUGGCGAUUUAUCUUGAUCAGGUUUGGCCUACUGAAUGGGGAGUUAAAAGGCCAUGGUAUUUUCUACUAACAAAAUCAUUUUGGGUGAAAAAUAAAGUAAAUUCACAUGAAGACUUAUUUUCUCAGGAAAUCAAUUGGGGAGAUAAUGUAGAGAAGGUCGACCAAGACUUAAUCUGUCAAUGAGGAGGAAAAUUUUUCCACAAAAGCUUAAAUUCCUUUUAAAACAUUUUAAAAGGUCUCAGUUUAACACAUUUAAAAGUAGCAAAUUCAUUUUUAUUUAUCAAAAUAAAGUUUAAAACGCAAUUUGUUUAAAAUUAAAUAAAAUUAGCUAGAAAUUCUUAAUAAGAAUAAAUGCAUAUAUAUCAAAAUAUUUUUGCUUACAUACGAGUUGAUUCUAAAAAUAAGACGUCUCUAAUGGGCCUUAUUCACUUACUAGAGAGCUAGAAAAGCAAAAGGAAAACGGAAAAGCUUUACUUAUAAGGAACUUUAAAAAAGUUUUUGGCAAUAAAGUAGCAGUUGAGGAUAUAAGCUUAGAUAUAUAUAAUGGGCAGAUUUUUGCUUUAUUAGGGCAUAAUGGUGCAGGAAAAACUACAACGAUCUCAAUGAUGUGCGGACUUAUACCAACAACAUAUGGAGAUAUGAAGCUGAAUGAUAUGUACUUAUCAACUCAUCUCAAUCAAUUAACUCCACGCCCUAUAAAUGAGCAAGACCUAAUUCUUGGAAAAAAUCACUUUCAAUAAGUGAGGGAAAAAUGUAUUUAAUAUAAAAAUUUUAUAAAAAUAUUUUAAUAUGUAAAUGACCCCUCUGUGAACGAACAAAAUAUGCUUGUUGGCUUAGAGGGAGAGAGUAAGAAGGUCUCUUGGAGUUUGCCCUCAGCACAAUGUUUUAUUCAAUGACUUAACACCUGAAGAGCAUUUAUAUCUUUUCGCUAUUUUCAAAGGAAUGCAAGACAAAGAAGAAAUCUACAAGCAAAUCAAAGAAAAGUUAUCAGAAGUAGACUUAACAGCCAAAAAAGAUAAAAGGACUAAAUUUUUGUCAGGGGGUAUGAAAAGAAAAUUAUCCCUUGCAAUGGCUUUAAUAGCUGAUUCUCCUAUUGUGCUACUAGACGAGCCUACUUCUGGAAUGGAUUUAACUGCAAGAAGACAGAUGUGGGAUAUGCUCAAAAACAACAAAAAUAAUAGGAUCAUCAUCCUAACAACCCACUAUAUGGAAGAAGCGCUGACGUUUUAG